CUCUUCCUACCCACCCUACCCUACCCUACCCCACAGGUAUUUCUUCCCAAAAAAUCUCCACUUUUUUAUGCUCUCUGUUGAAUUUUAUGUUUCCACACAAUCUUUUUGUCCAAAUUGUUGUGCUUAGGUUGUUUUGUGAUCAGUGUCCAAAUCCUCUGUGAUAGCCAAUGUUUCCCCCCAACAACGUUAAAUUCUUCUCAGUUCUGCGUGAAUUUCAAGCUGUGUUCUUCAACUUGUUUGUUCUGUCUCCAAAGCCUGAAUUCUAUGAAGCAGUAGACAGAAUAUUGCGUAGGUUACCUUUUUGGAUUCUAAACUUUCGUUCGUAUUAUUAGAUAUUCUGCUGAUCAAGUACCAUAAAUGGGAAAUAUAUUGUGUGGGUUGCUGAAAUUUAAUUUCAAUAUUGGAAAUUAAUUAUGGAAUCUUUGAGUUUUGAGUUUUUUUUUUCUGCCCUUUCAUUUUCUUGGCAUAUCACUAAACCUGCAGCUGAUUAGACAGGGUUUCCUAGUUCCGGAUUUCGCUGAGGAUAAAAACUUAAAUAGGAACGUGUGGAGAUUUAGGAUUAGAGUAGUUGGGUAGCCUGUGAGCGGUUUGUUGGGAUUCUUCUGGGUUUGUUGUUGUAUAUUUCUUCGGUCUUGUUUGGGUUGGCUUCCACUUCCCGGGAACGGUUUGGAUUCAGAAACCCGGGAGUUGGGAAUCCAAUGUUUUUUGUCAAUUUGUUCAAAUUGGAUGUGCAUCACUUGCCUCCAAACACAUGCAGGGUGAUGAGUGUUUCAUAAGAAUUACAUGAAUCCCCCCAAUCCGAAACAUGGUUUUGUCAAAUUCCGAAUAGUUCACUCUUGAUCACUAAAUCUUGUGGUUCUAAGGUCAAAGAGGCUAUGGCUUUCAAAGGUCAAAAGGAAAAACUCAGUGCAUUCCUCGAGAUUGCUAGUACAGAGAAACAAUUGUUAGCAUCAAUCUAUUCCAAGGGUCUUUUGCAUAAAGAUGUAAAAGAGCUUUACCAUAAAGCCCGUUCUAGCUACGAGAACAUCAUUUUGAAUGAUCAUGAAGGGGAGGGGCUUCAAGAAGUCGAGUACUCAUUAUGGAAGCUUCAUUAUAAGCACAUUGAUGAGUACCGUAAACAAAUACGCCGAUACAAUACAGACAGAAGAAAAAGUGGAGCUUCUGGGGAGGAUACCGGCAAUGUAUAUAUGGAUGGGUUCAAGUCAUUUCUAUACGAAGCUACUCUUUUUUACAUGGAUUUAGUAAGAAGACUUAGAAACAAAUGUGGGCUUCCUGAGGAGCUCUUGCUGCAUAAGAAGAGGGGAAAAUCAUCUUCUUGGACAGAACGUGUGAAGUUCCCUCAUUGUCAAUAUGCAUGCCAUAGGUUUUUGGUUUGUCUUGGUGAUCUAGCUAGAUACAACGAGCUUUGCAAGAAAGGUCACGAAGCUCGUGAUUGGUCAGUUUCAGCAGCAUAUUAUCUCGAAGCAUCGUGUGUAUGGCCAGAUAGUGGAAACCCCCAUAAUCAGCUCGCGCUAUUGGCUACAUACAUUGAUGAUCCUUUCCUUGCGUUGUAUCACUCUGUCAGGAGUUUGGCCGUGAAGGAACCUUUUCCUGAUGCCUGGAACAACCUUAUGCUGCUCUUUGAGGAGAACAGGUCAAUUCACAUCCAUUCCCUUUCGAGGGAGGCACACCUCGAUUUACUCAAACCAUGUGAAAAAACAUUCUUGGAUGCUACAUCAUGUGAAAGUAAAGCCUCUUCAAGUAACAAUAAAUUGGAAGGCAUUGCUGGUGUUUCUUCUGAAAUGUCUGAUAUAUGGCCCUUGUUUGUCAGACUGAUAAGUUUCUUUCUAAUGAAAUCCGGUUUAUUAGAGGAUUUUCCUCACACCCUUGCUUCUCUGGUGAGACGAUUAGAAGCUUUGAUGGCAUUAGGUGAAGAAGAACUAAAGGGAACACUUGAAUCCUACCAGUCUUUGGAUCCAUCCGAAAAGGGCCCAAACCGCGCCUUACAACUUGUUACCAUUCUCAUCUUCACCAUCCAUUGCCUUACCAAAAGCCAAAAAGGACACAAACAGAAAGAAGAUGGCAACUCGGGGUGUCAUUUGACUGAACUAGCACUGUCUGCCAUUUUCAUUUGUGUUGGGCGCAUUGUUGACCGAUGUUUGACCAGGGGGGUUUUCAAGGAAUGCUGCCCUCUCCUACCCGCCGUGCUGGUGUUUGUCGAAUGGUUAGUGAACACACUUGGGAGAGCCGAAGGUCUCACAAAGGACGAAAGGGUCAUGAGUGCCAUGGCAUACUUUUUUGACACCUUUGUUGAUCUUCUUAACCGACUCAAUCUUGGUGCAGAAGAAGUUGCCUCAGACAACACCGCUGUUUGGGAGGACCACGAGCUGUUGGGGUUUGAUCCAAUGGCCCACGCGCACGCGGGCUUAGAUUUCACAAGUAAAAUGGGGCACGUGGGGGAUGGUAAAUUGAGGUCUCGACGCAUAUUUCUUGCUGCAACUAGAAUUGCAAGCACACAAGGUGACUUGAGUCAUUGGAUUGUGUAUGAUAAGUUACAAAAAAGAUUUCGCAGAAGCACCCAAAGUGAAAACCAUCAUGUUUCUAACACCACAGAGGAGGAGGAGGAGGAGGAGGAGGAGGAGGAAGUUAUUCUAUUCGAGCCACCCAUUGGAAGAGGGAACGACACGAAGAAAGAGGAAAAAUCCUCUCCUGUAGUGGAUCAACAUGAAAGAGAGAGUGAAACUUUCAGUUUCUACCCGGAAACCCCCGAAACGAGUAAAUUCUAUUUUGACAAUCCCUUGAGGCCGCGGGUGCCCAACAGUGGGCCCCCGUCACUCAAGGGAUGGGUCGUUGGUGGAGAAAGCCCACAUCCACAUUUCAGCCCAGAGGCCAUCAACGUUCUUUCUCUCGACGAACUGGGAUACCCCAAAGUUGAUUCUUCCUCUUCUUCUCCACGCGUCUCUAUUGAUGUUCUCGAUGCCCCUCCUCCUCCUUAUGUAAGUCCACCACCUUCUGCCCCAUUGUUGCCGGAACAAGGAGGGGAUGGUAUUCUUGGAGCCCCACCAAUGAGAGGAUACACGUACGCAACCCGGGGCCCAUUUGAGUACGCGGGAGGGUAUUCGCCGCCACAAGGAGGGAUGAUGAGCUCUUCUGAGUGGCUGUAUCAUUAUAGGAACAGGCAGGAGUGCGACCGCGCCAUGUGGGACCCACACGUGACGAACAUUAGGAGGCUAGAUGGCGACCCUUUGUGCCAGUGGGGGUACCCUUUGAUUUCGACGCCGGGAACGUUACUAUAUUUGGACAGCCCAAUUGUCCCGGCGGGAAGGGGCGAUACCGGACGAGACGAUAAGGUCCUGUUUGGAUGGCAAAGAGCAGAGGAACCUGCAUUGGUGCUGCAGUAUCUGAAAGAGAGAGAAGUAGGAGGAUUUGUGCAACCAGGAUCUCAGUUUAGAGGUCCAACUUUUAUGGGAAACUGACCUUAUUGUGUAACCCUCUGUCCCAUAAAAAAUAAUCCACUUUGACGAAUGUAUAACUUGUUAAUUUUAGUAAAGUACAUCUCUUGUAAAGCACUAAAUAUAUUAUUAUACUUAUAUUCACUGCACUAUUUACUUAUUUGGUGUGUAGCAUGGGCUAGAGUGGUAACUUUUUAUUGGUUGUAUAGAGAUUAAAUAUGUAUAGUAAUUUAUUAGAUUGAGAUGUUUAAGUAAUUAUUUUAAUGAAAAGUUUAGUUAGCC